UCGAGUAAUAAUAAUUUCUUCCCCGUUUUGAUUGUUAAUAAUUAAAAUUUCAUGUGUUUUCAAAAUUUUUAAUGAAUCCAGUUAAUAUACAGUGUUACAAUGGAGAAUUGAAUGUCAAUCUAAGGUACUUUUCUAAGAUGGGCCGUGUGUUCAGAUCAUUUAAAAGUUCUUAUCCAGGAAAAGGAACAGUCAAAAUUUUCUUAUCGUAUUCAUUUGAAAUGAUGGAAAAAGUUCAUAAAUUUUUAAGAAACAAACUUUCUCGUAUAACUUCAAUAGAAGAGGCAAUAGAACUGUAUCAAUUUGCAUUAAAGCACGGUAUUCCUGAUUUAAAAAGGUUUUGUUACGGAAGUAUUUUAAACACAGUAAACGUUCAAAAUAUUUUUAUGGUUUACGAAUUUGCCUGGGAAACGAUGGAUUGCAAUAUAGUAUAUUAUUGCUGGAAACGUUUUGAAGAUAAAUGGAAAGAAAUAUUUGAUCGUAGAGAGUAUCUGAAUUGUAGCGAGACCACAAUAAACACUCUUCUUUCUCGCCCUAUAUACGAGAAAUUACAGGAAAUUGAUUUGUUCAGUGUUCUGUACAAUUGGGCUCUCAACAAUGUCAAUGCAAACACCACUCUACGGGGUGUAAUUGAGCCAUUACUUCACAAAAUAAGGUUCCUUUCUAUGGGAAAGGAAUGUUUCGAGACUAACAUAUGUACUAUUGCAAAUGUCUUAACAACUGAUGAAAUUGAUUCUAUUAGAAAUUACUAUUCCAGCGAAAACCAAGACACGUCAUUGAUUCAUCCAAACAUAAACAAGGAAGAAAGAGGGAGAGAUCCUCGCUUCUAUAAAACUUUAUUUUCUUGGAAAAAUCGAAUUCCAAGUAAUAUUCGUGAAUACAUUGCAGUGAAUAGAAAUACGGAAUUUACUUGCGAAAUUUCUUCGGCAGAAGAUUGUUUUAUUUAUAAAACUCGUCUUCCCAUAACCCAUAAGGUAAAGGAAAGUAUAAAGGUUUGCAUGAUUGUAAGAGUAUUGGACAGUGAUAAGAAUUACAAGACAUGCUUGAAAUGUAAUGGAAUGGGACAUGCAGAAUUAAAGAAAUGUAUACAUGUGAGGAAAUAUUCAUCGAUUCUACUUAAUGCUAACAUCGACGAUUCAGAAAUAAUUCCAGAAAAUCAGAUACUAAUUAAUCCAUGCACAGAUUAUUUCGAUUUUCCUGAAGACAAAGAAAGUUUGUUUUCUAAAUAUGAACAGAGAAAAGAAGAGAAGGACACUCGAAAUUUUUAUUUUGAAGUUGACCUGUAUUUUUGAUAAUUCAACCAUUAAAGUGGAUCCGCAUUAUAUUCUUAAAUCCCGAAAUUUUUCAAUUGUUUAAUUAUAUAAAAAAGCUGGAAAUUGUCUUGGGGAAGUUAGUACCAGAGUGGUUCCCCGUUGCCUGC